AUGUUGGGGUGCCUCCUUCUCCUCCGACGCCGGGAGCUGACGGGGGCUGUUGAGGGGCUGACGGGGAGGCUGGCGGCCACGGAGGAGAAGCUGAGGAGCCUUCAGGGGAAGACGGGGGGCUGGGCCCCUGAGGACGCCGGGAUCCCCUCUGCGCCGGAGGAGGGGCCGAGCCGGGAGGGGCUCCUGGGGGUGCUGGCCCAGUGUCUGCACAGCAAGGAGGCGGCACUGCAGGACUGCCUAGCCGCCCUAGAGAGCCUGGCCCCGCCGGGGGCCGAGCCGCCCGCCCCGGAGAGCCUGGCCCCCCAUCUCUGCCGGCGGCUGAAGGAGCGAGACCAGGUGCUGGAGCGCAUCCUCGCCGAUCACUUCUUAGAGCGGGGCCGCCUGCAGGGGGCGCUGCGGGACAAGGACCAGGACCUGGGGCAGCUGGCGGCCGCGCUGCGCACCGGGGAGCAGACCCUGCACGCGCUGCGCGAGACGCUGGAGCAGAAGGAGCUGGAGAGGGCACAGCUGGCAUCGCUCUGUGCCAUGGCCCAGGACGCCUGGCGCCGGCAGGACCAGACCCGGGCGCUGGCGCUGAAGGAGAUGGAGGAGCUGGUCGCUGCCCUGCAGGCCGCCCUGGCCAGCAGCAACAAGGACCUGGAGGUGCUGGCCGAGUCGCGGGCGGCCCCGGCCCCGGUCCCGGCCCCGGCGCUGCUGCAGCGGCUGCGGGAGCAGGAGGGGCUCCUGGCCGAGGCGCUGGCCGCGCGGGCCCGGCUGGCUGCGGAGAUGGAAGCCCGGCUGCAGGGGGCGCUGGCGGCGCAGGUGGCCGCAGAGCAGCAGCUGCAGACGUGGGGAUGA